AUGGUCGCUGAUACAUCUCUUUACGAUGUUCUCGAAGUCAAACCUGACGCAACCAAAGAACAAAUAACAGCAGCUAUAAAGAAAAAGUCGUUGGAACAUCAUCCGGAUCGUGGUGGAAGUCAUGAAAUGAUGCAAAAAGUGAAUGCAGCAAAAGAAAUCUUGACUGAUCCACAAAAACGACACACAUAUGAUCGAUACGGAUUGAAGGGCAUUCGAUCAGAUAUGGCAGAAAGUGAUUCUGCAUUCUCAGGGGUUUCCAGUAUUUUCGACAUAUUUGAUCUGAUCACUGGUGGAAGAAGUCGUGGAGAAAGAUCAACGCCACCCAAAGGCAGUGAUAUUAAACAAGCUCUCAAAGUUUCUCUCGAAGAGUUGUAUUUGGGUACUACAAAAACAGUUACAGUUAAUCGUAAGAUUAUCUGUGCUGAUUGUCAUGGUGUUGGUUCUCAAGAUGGAACAACACAUGAAUGUACAAAUUGUGAAGGAACAGGAAUUGAGACUAUUAUACAUCGUAUGGGUCCAUUUAUUCAACAAAUGCAAAGUAAAUGUUCAUCGUGUGAUGGUGAUGGUCGUACAAUUGAUUGGCGAAAUCGAUGUAAAAAGUGCAAUGGUCAAAAACUUUUUCAAGAAACGAAGAAAUUAGAUGUACAUAUAACACAUGGAAGUCAAGAUCGAGAAACAAUUAAAUUGAGUGGUCAAGGAAAUCAAAUUCCGAAUGGUGAAUCUGGCAAUGUCUACAUCAUCCUUGACCAACAACCACAUGCCAUUUUCAAUCGUAAUGGUGAUAAUUUGAUCAUGAAAUUAGAAAUUAAUCUGACUGAAUCAUUGUGUGGAUUUCAACGUUUGAUUAAUUUAUUAGAUGGUCAUACUAUUUUGAUUAAGCAUCCAGCUGGUAAACCUAUUAUACCCAAUACCUAUCGUUGUCUAAAAGGUUAUGGCAUGCCCAAUCGACAUACUCAUUCUCAUGGAGAUUUAAUUAUUCAUUUUGAUGUGAAAUUUCCCGAAGAAAAUUUCAUUACUACCGACAGUCAACGUCAACAACUGGAAGCCCUACUUCCGUCGAAAACACCGAUCAGAUUAAACAAAAAGAAACAUUAUGAGGAGGCUGAAAUGAAGGAAUAUGAGUUUUCUGGAGAAAAUGUUCAUAAACAACAUUUUAGUAAUGGCCAUCAUCAUGAAACAGCAGAAGAUGAUGAUACUCACUUUCACGAAUCAACGGAUAGUAUUCCAUGGGAACACAUUAAAUCGAUGACAGAUUUCUUCAUCUGA